AUGUCUAGCCAAUCUCGCGGGGUCACCAUCCAACAUACACCCUCUGAGACGAACUACCGUCUCAUCGAGCUUCCCCCAGAGCUCCAGUCCCUCCUCGAAUCCGACUCUGCUCCCGUCCUAACACUGGAAUCAUCUGACACUUCUGCUCUUCUUAAAACCCCCUCCAAGACAUAUGCUCUGCGCCAAAAGAACACCUCUAAUGCCUUCAUGCUCCUCUCCCCCACACCUUCGACUCCGGAGAACCCAGAGCAGGGCAUCUCUAUAGUAUCUACCAUACGAGAGACUGUAGAACUGGAAGUGGUUCCGGAUAAAAGCGCUGGAACUUCAGGCGGAGCUACCAAGAGCCUAGGGGGGGCCAAGGGAAAGUGGCAUGAACGAUUUGGGAGAAACAGGUAA